AUGGACAAGCGAUGGUUAGAUCAACUUCAACAACCAUUGCAUGCUGCAGCACAUUAUCUUAACCCACAAGUAUACUGGGCUACACUUGGAAGUCCUGAACUGAUUGAAUCUGAUCAGUCUAUCAAAGAAGGUUUACUGGAUUGCAUAGGCAAGCUGUCAGAAGAUUUUGAGGAGGAAUCUAAGAUCCUAGUCGAACUUGUUCCGUAUCGCACUAGGAGGGGCCGACUAGGAAGAGCCAAUGUCGUAGCUAGUAUCCAGUCUCUUGCACCUGUUAAGUGGUGGAUUACAUUUGGAAGUGAGAUUCCAAACUUGCAAAAGUUUGCCAAAAGAGUUCUUGGACUUACAACUUUAGCAUCCCCAUGCGAAACGAAUUGGAGUGCGUUCAAAAAUCUUCAUACGAAGAAAAGGAACCGUUCAGACCAUGAAAAGUUGAAUGAUCUUGUGUAUGUUCAAUAUAAAAAGAGAAUUAGGAAGCGUUUCGAAGAACGCGUAAUGGGGUCUGAGGUAGAUCCAAUUGUGCUGAAGACAAUGGAAGAGUGGCUAGAUCCUCAUGAUGCUAGAGACGACCUUGUAGAAGGAACAGAUUUCACUUAUGGAAUACUUGAAGAUGCUGAAGGAAGUGAAAAUGAUGAGCAUCCUCCUCCAAUUACUCGUCAACAAACAUACAAACGCCGUCGCACUAAUACAAAUGCCUCCAGCCAGCCAGAAUCAUCAUCAAGGGAAAUAACAACAUCAACAAGGACAUCUACUCGUGCUCGUGCUCGUUCAUCACAAGUUUAG